AUGUCCAGGAAGUUAAACAUUUUAAAGGCAAAAUUACCCAAAGCACCAACGGGUAGAAGGCCCAUUGGAUAUAGGGGCAAUCACCAACAUGGAAAGUCCUUGUAUGACCCAGUGUACCCAACAACAAAGAUUCCUACGAGCUUAAUCCCAAGGUAUCCAAUUGAUUGGAGAAAUGGUGGAAGGUUUUUAUUAUGUGUGGGAAUGAGAAGAAUAGAGAAUAGAAUAAUUAAAAAAAUGAAAGAUAGUUUAAACUUUAAUAUGAGUGAAUGCAAAAUAUGUAAUGAUAAUUGUGUAAAAAUUUAUAAUCGAUGUUUAUGUGCGUGGUAUUGUAAAUAUAAAUAUCGACAUGUUUAUAAAUGUGAUGGUUUAUUAAUUGAUUAUAAAGGUACAAUCAAGACGGACAAACCAAUUUUCACAUUAAAAAAAGAAGUAGGAAUAAAAAAUAAGAAAUCUAUGAUUGAAUAUAUUUAUAAUGAAGACAAACAUAUUUUUGAACUGAAUGAGAAGGAAGAUAUUUACAAAAAAUUUUAUAAAAAAAUACAAACAUCUGCUUUCUCUGAAGAGAAGAGUGUUCCAGAAGAAUUUAGUGAUUCAGAAAAUACUGACAGUGACGAGGAUUAA